CGCGAGUGCUCGGGACGCGCGGACGUGCCUUCCACGUUACGUUCGUGCUUCGCUCCUUGCGACACGCGUUUGUUGUUUGUAUCCCCCCUCGUCGUUGUUUGCUAACACUGCCCAACAUUUUGUGUUGCGAUACAGCAUUGAGAGUUUCCAUUUUCUGCAAAUAACUCACGAGAGAGUGUGCGCGUAGAGCAGCAACCUUGAACUCCUCGAGAGGGGCACUGCUAAUAAAGGCCGGUUAUACCCAGACGAGUCAGCAGCGCACCACGUGCUUCGCAAUUUUCGACGGCGGCAGAGAAGGAAAGAAAGGAGACCACCGCUUCGGGCUAUCGAGCAGGGACAUUUUUUUCCCGUCACCCUAGUGCAUCAUCGUCGUCGUCGUCGCGACCGACUGACAAUGACGAGAUUAGCGGCAUGGCUGACAGGCCUGAUGCUGUUGCUUCUGGCGCAAACGGCCCGAGCAGAGCUUUACACGGCCCUCGUCGACAUGGAGGAGCUCCUCGAGACCGAGUCCGUCCUGAUCGACACCCUCCAGGGCUACAUCAGCUCACAGGAACAACGACUUGCCACGCUCAGGAGGAACGUGGAGGAUUACUCGCGCGAGCACGAGAAAGCCUCGCGCAAUAUCCAGCAAUAUCUGUCCAAUCCAAUAAACGCUUACCUGCUGGUCAAACGUUUGACCACAGACUGGCGCCGCGUCGAGGAGCUCAUCACCGAGGACGUCGGCAAAGCUUUCGUCGCUAAUAUUACCAGCUCGCGCGGUAAUCUCAAGUUCCCGACCGAGGAGGAUCUCCACGGCGCUGCCGUUGCGCUAAUGAGGCUUCAGGAUACUUAUAAACUUGAGACACAUCAGGUUGCCAGGGGCGUAUUGAACGGAGUGCAGUACAGCACGGGAUUGUCGGCGAGCGACUGCUUCGAGCUGGGCAGGCAGUCCUACAACACCGGCGACUAUUACCACACGGUGCUCUGGAUGCAGGAGGCCAUGGACCGUUUACAAGAGGAGCAGAACCGCACGAGCGUCUCGAAACCCGACAUCCUUGAGUAUCUUGCCUUUUCCACCUACAUGCAAGGUAACGUGGUGAGAGCGUUGAGCAUGACGAACGAGCUGUUGGACUUGGUACCGACGCAUCAGCGUGCCAUCGGCAAUCGGGCUUACUACCUCGAGGAAAUUCAGAAGCGCACCAAGGACGGUAGACGCAAACGUGGCGAAGAUGGCACAGAGGAUCUACCCGAUCAGCCGUUCACGGUGCCGGAGAAGAAGAUAAAGAGCGUGAGCGAGAUGACGGAGCGCGAGCGAUACGAGAUGCUGUGCCGCGGCGAGAUCAAGAUGCCGCUGAGCUUGCAGAAGGAGCUGAAGUGUCGCUACGUCGACCGUGGCAAUCCUUUCCUAAAGAUAGCGCCGUUCAAAGAGGAGGAAGUCUACCUGGAGCCGCGCAUUGUGAUUUACCACGACGUCAUCUACGACGACGAGAUCGAGACUAUCAAGAGAAUGGCGCAGCCGAGAUUCAAGCGAGCCACGGUGCAGAACUACAAGACCGGCGAGCUGGAAAUAGCCAACUACCGCAUUAGCAAGAGCGCCUGGCUGCAGGAGCACGAGCACAGGCACGUGCAAGCGGUCAGCCAGCGAGUGGAGCACAUGACGAGCAUGAGCGUGGAUACUGCCGAGGAGCUGCAGGUCGUUAAUUACGGCAUUGGCGGACACUACGAGCCUCAUUUCGAUUUCGCUAGGAGAGAAGAAAAGAACGCAUUCAAGAGUCUUGGCACUGGCAAUCGUAUUGCAACUGUUUUAUAUUACAUGAGCGACGUUGAGCAAGGCGGCGGUACGGUGUUUACUAGAAUCAACAUUUCUCUCUGGCCGAAAAAGGGCAGUGCUGCUUUCUGGCACAAUUUGAAACCCAACGGCGAGGGAGAUUACAUGACGCGGCAUGCUGCCUGUCCCGUGCUCACCGGAUCCAAGUGGGUGGCGAACAAGUGGUUGCACGAGAGAGGUCAAGAGUUUCAUCGACCAUGCACGUUAGAAAACCAGCCUGCCGAUCGGGACGACGGCCGUUACUAGACUCCCAAUUCCUUCGUUUCUUUUUUCCUUAGAUAAAGUGCAUUCUGAAGUUUUUCAUACACCACCGACUAGCCACUGCGUGUAGUCGUAAUAGAAACAUUAAACGUCGAUUACCCAAUUGUGUACCGUCGAGCUUUGAUGUGCAGCGCGAAUGAUGUAAAAAGAAGCUCGUAUAUGAAAAGCCAAAGGAUUAGAUAAUGACGUAGUUUGUAAAGUUUUGAGGACGACUUUCCCAAAGGUAGUGCAUUGCCACUUGUAAAAUUAAGAUAUGAACAUUAUUGAGACAAAAACAAUGUAAAAUAUAACCUCUCGAUUAAAGUCUUUCUUUACGGGAAAGUUCUGCUCGAAAGUUCAGGAGAAGGCGACAGAGUUAACAAUUGUCUGUUUAAGUUUAUAUUGGAGAACUAAUCGAAUAUUGAUGCGUUACUUUUUUGGAGAAACGCGUUACGGUUUUUAGCAAUAAAUAAUCGCGAAUGCAGUGAGUGAUAUCGCAGAUUUUAAUAAAAAAAUGUAUACUUAAAUAUAACGUAUAAAAUGUUAAGAAAAAGAAAAGGAUGAAGCAGCAAAACUAUUACAAAACUCUUGACAGAUGACUAAUGUUAUAAUGUAUGAUAAUGCGUUGUAAACUAAAUAACUAUAUACCGACUUACAGUACAUAUACAAAUGUCGUACAUAUUUUUAAAAAAGCAGUAUGAGAAUCAGAAAAUGAAUACGUUGCAAUGUUUUUUUCAACAACACAUAGCACAAAUAUAACAUAAUAGUUUUGUUUGACAGUGAAAUAUUAUCAUUCAUUUUUUUUUAAAGAUUAUUGAAAUGAACAUUAUGUUGAGUUUAUUGCACACAAUCAUUAACAGAGAAAUUUACAUAAAACAACGCUGUAGGUCAUAAUAAAAUUUUUAUUCUUUUUUGCUAAUGUUUGUUUUUUUAAAUGAUUGAUAAAAAAAUAAUAAAAUUAUAAAAAAACUACUGUACACAGAUAAACAUAUGUAAAUUAUGUACAAGUUUUAUAAUUAAGGUCAAAACAUUUAUAACUGAUCAAGAAUCUUAUAGUAUAAGUAAUUAAUACAGAGUAUCUUCCACAAUUACUAAAAAUUUGAAGAUACCAUUUAUUUAAGUUUAUAAAAAAUAUAUAAUUUAUGUUUAAUAAAAAUCUUCAAAGUUAUAAACACUUGUGAAAAGAAGAAUGUGAUUAUCUACACAGAAAAUGUAGAUUUGACAUUUUUUAUAAAGAAAUUUUUCUAAAACAACUUUUGUAUUACUUGUAUACAUUGUUCACGACAUACUUGCUAUAACUAGUUGACGAUUCACGCAUUUCUAACGUACACUGCCAAAGCAAUAUAUCCGCAAAUAUUAGCAAUAGCUACAAUGUAAAUAGUCAACAAGUUGUUUUGAUUUAACUCGUUGACUUUUUUCGAAUAAUAUGACCGUUCGCUAAUUUUAAUCCAGUUAUUAAAAUUUAGGCAAUAAUUUUAAGAUGACAUUUAUGAAUGGAAAAAUCGAAUCAGUCUAUUUUAUCCAAAUUAGCUAAGCAUUUGUAAUUUUACAAUAUUCUUUAAGUAUCCUUUUGGCAAUAUAUAAAACUUGUUAUUAACACAUUCUUCCGUAAUUCAUAAAUUAAUCGUAACACAAACUAAUUAUUUCAGUAGACUUCUAUAGAAAUCAUCUUAUUAACUUUUUCAAAUUUAAAUAAAUGGUAUCUUAAUUGAAUUGAAGUUAGUUCGUAAGACAAAUUUUUACAUCAGUUUAUAAUCAGUUACUAACCUGCUAAAACAUCUCAUCACCAUGCGAAGUUACUAUGAAAUAUAUAAUGAAAUGAAUAAAAUAUUACGAAAGUACGGGAAUUGAAAUGAAUGACAGUGCUUACGAUUCGAGUAGCUUGGGCACUCGUAAUAACUCGUAACUGCAUUAAUAGUGUGGUAUCGAAAUAUCCAGAUUAUGUUUAUAAUUAUUCAGCGCUCGUCCUUACAAAUCGUUAAAUGUUUUACAAUGAAAGACGUGACGAGUCAAUAAUCAAUAAACAUUUUCAUGAUAUAGUUAUGAAAAUAUGUCUUUAAAAAAUUAUACCUUCCCUCUAUUAUGUUAA